AUGGCAUCAAAGGUUUCUUUAAAAUUGGGAAAUAUAUUUUCUGUCGUUUAUGUAACGGUACCAAAGAUGGAAAAUGCUAAGGUUAUAGCAAGGAAUGUGGUAAAAGAGAAACUAGCAGCAUGUGUCAAUAUUAUUCCUGGCAUCACUUCAAUAUAUUCUUGGAAUGGAACUAUUGAAGAAGACCAAGAAUGUUUGCUAGUAAUAAAAACAAAAAAAAAUUUAAUUAAUGAAUUAAAAAAUGAAAUACUUAAAAAUCAUCCAUACGAAGUUCCUGAAUUUAUUGCACUUCCAAUUGAAGAAGGAAGUGAUCCAUAUCUUAAAUGGAUUGAAAGUCAAGUAAAAACUAUAUAA